CUGAUGUCAUAGAAGUGCUAGCCUUAUUCACUCACAGCAUCACUGAAGCAAGCGUAGGUACAUACAGAGCAGCAUGUAACGGGAGUGCUCAUAGAGUAUACUGUCCAAGAGGAAGCAAGUGAGAGAAUCAAUGUCUUUUUUCCUGCAUGUUCUUUGAAAACCCAGGCAACAGGCUACUUAGACAAGAUGUGCUCAUGUACGAAUUUAAGUAGAAGAGAAAGAAACAGUGUCACCAGCAUCCCUGGAGAAUAGAAUUGCAAGUGUCAAGCAACGAGAAUUUAGUCCAGAGAAUCUGAGAGAGAAAACUGGCAAGUACAGAUCAUGAAGGAAAUCACCUAAACAAAACGACACAGAAAAUCUGAUUUUUCAUUUUUGCAAUCUCUCCAUCUGAAAAUCUUAUUCUAAGGAUUUAUAUCAGGAAGUGAAGAACACUAAUGUUUAAGAGUCACAUCAUUCUUCUCUGUGGUGAAGCUUCUGGGACAUCUCCUUAUUUUUCUGGAACUGGAACUAUAAUCUCCCUUUCUUGAGGGGAGACAGUUGUGAAAAACUAUUGAGUGGCAUCAUAAUGGGAGUAACAAUACAAAAUAUAACAGGAAGCACAGCAAUGGUAAUUUGGCCAACCAUGGCCAUUUGUGCUGACAGCUUUUACAGUAUUAUGUAUCAUCCCAACCGGAACAACAUGCUGUCAGGUUAUUCAAGAAAAAAUUUUCAGAAAGAAGAGAGAGUGCCUGCUAGUCGGUCUUCAUUUGUCAUCGAAAACCUAACUCCACUGACCACGUACAUAUUGUGCGUAACCUGCCAAUCUGCAAACCCCUCCAGCGACCAGUGCAGAAUUUUUCACACAUUAGAAGAAGAUCCAGCAUCAGCAAGCAACAAAAAAAAAGAUUUGGCCCUGGGAAUCUGGCUAACUAGCAGUAUUCUGCUUCUCAUCAUUGCCGGGAUCCUCCUUUAUGGCUGCCUGCAUAUAUGGUACCGCAAGAGACGAGAACGUGUAGAAGGACAAAACAUGACCUCAGAACAGGACAAGGGGGAGGCUUGGACAAUAAACAAGUCACACACCGCAGAGCAGUUUAACAGGCAAGGCAGAUUAGUCCAAAGUGUUGAGGGUAAGAAUGCAGAAGGUAUCCAACUGGCUACCAUAAUAGAAAAUCCCUUAACUUCUAAGGAGCCUACCAUGCAAAUUUCCAAAAGCCAGGAAUUAGUGCCGAUGACAGUCGGGCCAUUUUAAUUGGUAAACGCCACUGCACAGAUUGACUGUGCACCAUGUGUGAAAUAUUUUAACCCACCGAGUUCUAUACCUUUUACAGUUUGUAUUUGCGGUGUUUAAUUCUUGCUGAUGCACUCUCAUCAGCAUUCUUAUCCACAAUUGCCCCUCCCACCAUCACACAUACAGCUGGAAGGUUCUCAAUAUUAAGGUUUAGAACUAAAUAGUCUCUUGAUUUGAUUAAGAAAAUAUUAUCAAGCAUACAGCAUAGAAAUCCAAGGGUAGUCUUGAUUUUUGUUUUGGAGGGAGAGAAUAAGGUUUAUUCCAAAACGGUGAACCAAAAUAAACACACGAAUGGAAAGGGCAAAGGGAGAAUUAUUAUUAAAUAAUAAAACAAACUGAAAAUUGCAUAUUGAGACCUGGUAUUCUCAUGCUACAGGCAGCUCGAACACCCUGUAUUAAAUGAUUACAUCUAUAAUGGCCUGUCAUCUUUUUUAUCCACAUCAUUUAGAAUCAGGUUGUUUCUGAAAC